GUGAAUUCCCUCAACCCCUACCCCUAACCUCCUGCUAGACUGACCACACUCAUAUUAUUUUCAGAGGAACAUUUUCACCACAUACUUUUGUACUUGUAUAAUGUAGACACCAUGAAUAAAAUUAUAAUUAUGACGUUUUUCGCUGUUUUAGAAAUAGAAUGAAAUAUUGAAAGAAAUAAUCAUCUACGUGGCGAAUUGCGAAUUAUUACUCACUUGUUUUAAUUUUGUAGCUAUAGGUACUAGGUCUACCCUGUACUGUAAUUAUAGAGUAGAGUUUGUUCAAGAAGUGGAGUAGAGUGUGACCCCUUCAGUAAUGGCUGCCUCCAAGAGAAGUCACUGGGAAGAUCUCCGUAAGGAAUCCCGACGUCUAGAGACUGAGAUCGACCUGAAGCUUGUAUCGUUCAGCAAGCUGGGCUCUACCUACAGCCACAGGGAUGACAGUGUUGACGGUCCGGUAAGGACAGGGCAUGUGUUUGACACUAUGACACUGGAGAUAGAGCAACUGAUAUCUAAGUUGCGUGGAGUGAAUGAUGCUCUGAAUGAGUACGUGUCAACAGUGAGCAGCACCUCCCCAAGUGGUAGUCUCUAUCACACACUGCAGCGGCACAAUGAGAUAUUGCAGGACUAUAACAAAGAGUUUACAAGAACUAAGGCAAAUAUUGUGGCUCAGAGACAGAGAGAGGAGCUGCUAGGACAGUCAAGGAGAGACUACAAGGUCUCAUCAGGACUCAACAGAAGAACAGAACUGUACUUAAAAGAGAAUGAACAAAUACGAGGGUCUGAGAGACUUGCGGAUGAGGCCAUCAGUAUUGCCAUGUCUACAAAAGAAAAUCUCUCUCAUCAAAGAAACGUAUUCGCAGGAGUCACCAACAAAGUUUCCUCCAUAACCAGUCGGUUCCCGCUAAUCAACAGUGUAGUUCAAAAGAUCAAUAUUCGGAAGAGAAGGGACUCUUUCAUACUCGGUGGAGUAGUGGCUGUCUGCAUCGUUAUUCUGCUGAUUUUUGUGUUGAGAUAGAUGAACAUGAUUUCAAUUUAUCUGUUUUAUUGUACAUUACUAUUGACUUAAAUUAAAUCAGCAAUUACAAUGUUUA